UCUGUGAGUGGACAGUUCUCCGUCAGCCAGGUCACGUGAACAGAAAUCUCUUCAUGUGAGCUGGGGCUCUUUUUGGGCUCACUGCGUUUUGAUUCGGAUACAGAAUCGUUCUUCCAGUUGCAGGGAAUUUGGACCAGAUAAAGACAGAUGUUUUUCUGCUUUUCCGGCUGAUUGCUAUUUCCGUGGUAACAUGACGCCUGCGGUCUCUGUCUGCGGGGCAGGUUUCUCUUGCGGUGUCCUUGAUUCUGCUUUAACUGUUAUCUGAUUAGGCUGUGUUCAAAAGUGCCAGGUGAUGCUUGCACCUGUGUGGUUCUGAGGCCGUCAGCCAAUUGCAGCAGAGCUCAGGAUGACAUCGCUGUGAGUGUGUUGUCAUUGAUAACGGAUUCAUCUUGUUGUCUGUUGCUGCUCAGGGUACCCCCCCCCCCCUUCAUUCGUCUAAGCCUCGCUGCCAUCUGUCAGCUCCGCCCAUCAUUGGCUGAAGGAGCCUCACAGAGGAGGAGCUCUCCACAUGAUUGGCUUUACAGACUGCGUAGAAGAUGGGGCGGAGAUUCCGGAGAUUGAUUGGGAUUGGAUUCAUUGGAAGAGGAAGAGGAGGACGAAGGACGAAAACAGCAGGUCACUCUCAGACAGGGGGCAGAGGAGGGUUACCAUGGAAACGCAGGAGAUGUUGCUGCUGCUGUGGGAAAAUAGGACACAGGUUUUGGUUCUGUUUUGUCUUCUGAAGAAUGGACCUGGUGCUCCAGUGUUGCCUUUGACCCUCAUCCAAGGCUUCUGUUGAGCACUGUGUUCAGUUGCAGGAGGUUACGCCAGUCUAAAACCGUAAGAUCCAAUCACUGAAGAGACAGACAUGUCCCAGGCAGGCAAAGUCCUUCAUCUCUAUGUGGAAGUGAGAUCUGUUUCAGAGGAGGAGAAGAAGGGAUUGGGUAGAGGAGAAGAUGGGUCCAGUCACCUGAUGUUGCAAUGUCCAGACGCCCUCACUUCUUCUCAGAGGAACUCUGCUCGCUCUAGUCCUACCCGGAGCCCAGUUGUAUCUCCUGUCAGCCGACAUCACAUGGGGGUUGGAAACCACAAUUUACUGCCCUCAAAGUCUUCGCUGAGGCACUCCGUGGACCGCCAGCUUCAAAAUGUUGAUCCUUCCACGUCUCCUACUCAGUUCCAACGGCAGGAUGUGUUGUGUGAAAGUUUUGGUCAGUUACUUGAGAUCCUUAGUCCCAAAACAUCUGGCUCCUGCCACCACGGCUCACUUGGACAAACCAGUUCUUCUGAGAUCAAUCCUUUUUCUGGCAGGAUGCCCAUCUCCCCAUCAUCUACACACUCGAGCAGGCUCAGUCUGUCCCCCAGCCCCAACAAUUUCUGCAGUUCCUAUGAAGUCCUUGAUGGUGUGAAUGAUGCAGGGAAGACAUCUGUUGUUUCCUUUGGAUAUAUAGACAAGGCCAGUGUUCGUAGCUACGCUGAGCUUCGCAAUUCAGUGUGCAACACAACAGACUGUCUGCCGAACAAACAAGAGGGGCAGCAGAUUCCUGCUCGUCUCAUGAAGAGGAUGAGUGAUCCAGUGUGGCUUCAUGAUCAGCCAUCAGAGGGCGGCACCUUCCACAGUCACCACCAUCAUUCCUCAAGAGAAUCCCCUUGGGGUUCACUGAACAUAGAGAGAUGUACUAUGGAGGCAGUUGCUAGAGACUCCACCAACAGGGUUUUAGAUGAGUUUGGAUCCCCAAAACUUAAGCGGAGGUUUGCAAAGAACUACAGUCCUACUCUGCCUCAGCAUCAUUCGUCUCCUCGCUGCCGGUCUUUGGGAGGAUCGCCCGUCCUGUCCCGCAGUACAUUCACCCUGCCGUGUAAGACCCAACUACAGGAGCUCAACAGGAAGCUCUGUCAUAGCUCGAUGAACGGAUUACCCAGAAGUCCUGCCUCUGACCACCUGUGUGCCCAGACUGGUCUCACCCUGCACCCGGAUGCUCUAAACUCAACCCUCCACUCCCACGGAGUGGCCCAAAGCCAACAGAGGCCAUGGAUGGGGGAUGAGAGUCCGAGGUUGUCCAGCAAAUUUCACUCACCUUUACCAGCAGGUCGACCUACCGACAUCCAGCAUGAGGUUCCAGCCUGUACGUUUUCCCAUAGCAGCAUCUCCAGGGCUUCCUGCCAGCCAGGAAACCCACAGCAAUACGUAAACACUUCCCAUUACGCAACAGACGCCUCAUGGUGUCGUACUAAUGACGUAAUUGAUGCGACCGUCCACAAGCCAUCCCGCUGCAGCAGCAGAGCUAGUGAUGCUGACAGCUGCAUCAGUGACUGGACCAGUGCCUCGCCAUCUUCAAAUCCUGAGCACGACUUUAGGCUGGCUGUGGAGGCUAACAAGUAUUCUAAAGCUUAUGCAGGAAAGCAGACUCCGUCUCCCACUCCUUCUCAAGCUGAGUCGCUGAUGUCUGAGAGCCUCAGGAGUUCAUCAAGAGAGUCCCGUCUUUAUGGCUCUCCCCAUUGUUGCGGCUCCGUUGAGCAUCUGCAGAUGGAUCAACACUGGAACACAGAAAAGCUGCCAACGCAGACUAAACCUGGAUCCAUUUCUCCCCUGGUGUCCCAGAGAGGACACUCCACUCCAGCAUCUCCUGCCUUCGCAGCCAGGCGGAAUCACACACCUGCCUGUCCGUUAUCAGUUCUGGAUUUGCAACAGAAACCUACUUCACCUACCAAGGAGCUGUCUUUGCACCACUGGCACUACAACCACCUCUUUGAUGCAUCACAGAUCAGGAAACAACUGAGCUCUCAGAAUGCUGAAGGUCUGCCUGUGAGCUUGACCUCUAGACAGCAAGAGUGGAGCGGUGCCCGACCAGUACAGGAUGGAUGGGAAGCUUGUGGAGAAAACGACAGGCAGAUGUCAUCUAGAACUUCUGGGCCAGAGGAGAGCUGUAAGAGGGACAGGGGAGCACCAUUGGAGCUGGAGAACCACAAAGCUCAGAAUCAUAGUGGGCUUGCUGGGAUGUCCUCUCAGAGUUCCAGUGGGGUGACAGGUAGCCUGUCCCCUGAAACCUGGAGCCAGUCAAGCCACGACACCACCCAAAGCGGCUCUGGAAUGCAGUCAGGAGGGGACACAGUGUCAACCCUACCGUCGCGGUCACAGAAGAUCGCUCGUGCAAAGUGGGAGUUUCUGUUUGGGGGCAAGUCGGAGGACAGUCGCUGCAGAAAAGAAGCUUUGCCCACAACGCCUCCAACCAGCAGCCCGCCCAGCCCUCCCUCCUCCCUCAGCCAGGGCCCAGCCUGUCCGAGGAGGGGGUGGGAAGGCGAGGGCCCGAAGCUGUCGCAUCACGCAGUCCGUCAGGUGGAGGUGGAGCUGGUCACUCCCCAUACUCGAGGUGCUGCCCUCAAGACAGGUAUCAUCCGACGCUCCAUCAAAUACUCUGAGACGGACUUGGACGCUGUGCCGCUGCGCUGCUACAGGGAGACGGACCUGGACGAGGUGAUGCGGGCGGAGUCUGAGGCACCUGAGGAGGCGGACUCAGCCUUUGGUAGUAACCGCAGUGUUUUGGAAAGCUCCAGCUUCACACCCUCCAAUCCCUCCCCAAAACCUCACUCAGUUGAACGGGAAGAAAAUGAGGAUGAAGAAGAGGAGGGAGAGGAGGAGGAAGAGGAGGAAGGAGUGGCGAGUUGGGCCAGUGUGAGGAUGCUUGGAGACAGGCGGAGACAGAGAGCUGCCAAGGAGGAGGAGGAGGUUUUCAGUCUGUUGCUGAAGGGCAGCUCCUUGGAGGCAACGUCUGAAACCCACGGGGGCCUCAAGUCUCCUAUCUCGGUGGGAAGCCCCCGCAGACCCUCUGAAUCCAACCUGGAUUCCUUCAGCCGCCACUUUGAGAGCAUCAUGGAGUCCCACAGGGCCAAAGGGACGUCCUACAGCAGCCUGGACAGUGUGGAUCUGCUGACUUCCGGGUCCACUUCUGUGUUCACCUUUGACCUGCCAACGCUCACCCCAGAGAUCCAGAGUCAGAUCUGUGAGAGCGCCAAACAGAUCAGCGAGCUGAGUUUUGCCCCGCUGGCCCAUUCUGAUGCAUCCACCCCCUCAGAGAUGUCCCGCUCCGAAAUUAGCCUUAAUGUUGCAGGAAAGGACCUCAGAGCAGGCUCCAAGGUCAACACGGGCCUUCCAGUCCGGUCCAAGUCAGAGAAGGAGACAUGGCGCCGCUCCAUCCUUAAAGAUGGCUUCAGGAAAGCCAGCUCUGUCCCCGUGCUCCAUAGUGAACCGAGGGAGCGUGCGGUGAACCGGCCAGUCGAGCUGCUGUAUCCGCAGGACGAUGUGGCCCAGCGUCUGGCCCUCGGCGGGAGCGAUGAGGCUCUGGCUAACGGGCUAAAGCCAGACCUACAGGCUGCCAAGCGCCUGGCCAAACGUCUCUACAACCUGGAUGGCUUCAGGAAGUCGGACGUGGCUCGCCACCUCGGCAAGAAUAACGAGUUCAGCCAGUUGGUGGCAGAAGAGUAUCUGAGUUGCUUUAACUUCAAAGGUCUGACCAUUGACCAGGCGCUCAGGUUGUUUCUGUCCCACUUUGCUUUGAUGGGAGAAACUCAGGAGCGGGAGAGAGUCCUUGCCCAUUUCUCCAGGAGAUACAAACACUGCAACCCGGAGAGUCUGUCCACUGAAGACAGCAUCCAUACACUGACAUGUGCCAUCAUGUUGCUGAAUACGGAUCUCCAUGGAAACAAUGUGGGGAAGAGGAUGUCCUGCACGCAGUUCAUCUCCAACCUGGAAGGACUCAAUGAUGGAAAAGACUUUCCCAAAGAACUGCUGAAGAUCUUGUACACCUCCAUCAAGACUGAGAAGCUGCAGUGGACCAUUGAUGAAGAAGAGCUGAGGAAGUCCAUCUCUGAGCUAGCAGAGUCCAGAACAGACUCCGCCUCUCACACUAUGAAACGGCUGGGGAGUGGAGGAAACCCCAUGGUGGGCGUCGCCCAGCAGGCUGAUGGCGAGCUUUACAUGAGCGGCUUCCUUGUUCGCAAAGUCCACGCUGACCCGGAUGGGAAAAGAACGGCUCGAGGGAAGAGGGGCUGGAAGUCUUUCUACGCCAUGCUGAAGGGUCUGGUUCUCUACCUGCAGAAAGAUGAGUACCGGACAGAGCGCGAGCUGACAGAGGAGGACGUAAAGAACGCUGUGUCUGUCCAUCAUUCUUUGGCCAUGAGGGCGGUUGAUUACAGCAAAAGGCCCAACGUCUUCUACCUGCGGACUGCCGACUGGAGGGUCUUCCUGUUUCAGGCGCCGAACGCAGAGCAGAUGCAGUCCUGGAUUACACGCAUCAACGUGGUGGCGGCCAUGUUUUCAGCUCCUCCUUUUCCGGCGGCGAUCGGCUCUCAGAAGCGUUUCAGCCGCCCCCUGCUGCCGGGCUCCGGCACCAAACUAUCUCAGGAGGAACAGGCGAAAUUCCACGAGAACCGGUUUAGAGCGGUUUCUUCCGAAUUGCUAGAACUUACCCCAGCCACGCCAGACCGGAAGGCUAAAGGUCGCGAGCUGGAGGAACAGAAACUCCGGAAGGAGUACCUGGAGUUUGAGAAAACACGCUAUGGUACGUAUGCCAUGCUGCUGCGAGCAAAGCUGUCAAGCGGUGCUGAGGGUCUACAGGCGUUCGAGUCUCAGCUAUUCGAUGAGGGCGGCCUGCAGAGGGCGCAUUCAAGCCCCACGUUGCCUCAAGACGCCGGCAACAAGGAGAAGACCCGCGGAACGAAGACGUCCAAGAGCCUAAAGGUGACGUCUUCGUCCCGGAGCGAAGGAGGCACUGGGGAAGGCCGGAGGAAGAACGGCAGCCAGCGGGUGGAGAUUCAGAAGCAGAGCAGCAAGCAGGAGGAGGCGGCUUGAACGAGGCAAAGGACUUAGCCCGCCUCCUUCUCGGUCAACCCUCAGCUGCCUCCUGAUUGGUUGAGGAGCUUUGCUUUUUGCUGAUACAUUUAAGGUCAGCUGGAAAAGGGGGCGCUGAGGGCGGGGAUUUGUGCAGGAAACUGUCAGCCGCUGACUUUCACAGCAAGAGCUCUUUCCUGCUUUCCGGCAUGCAGAUGGGGGCAGUUUGUUGUGAAAGGACAACCUUAAAGCGCUGAGCAUCUUCAGGGAACUGACUCUUUGUAGGAAAUUUGAUUCCACUAGCCUCCGACUGACUUCCCACCGCUCUGCUGCUGGCAGGAGUGUGUGGGCCGGUUGCCACAGUGAUAGAGCCAAGAGAAGGGAGGGGCAGGGACUGCAGGGUCAAAACACCCCCGCUACAGCAACAAGCAAACAAACAUAGAGACACGGGAACAGACCUCCUCCUCCACACGUCUGCCCAUGUGUGUGUUCCUGUGUGCGUGUGUGUUUGCGUUCACAUGCUCGCUUGCUUGCGCUCUGCUAAACCAACAGGAAGCCCGGAGCGAAGAGUACAGAUGUAAAUUUAGAACAGAAUCGUUUUUGGGGCGAAAUUAAAAUCGUCAAAAUUCGUUAAAAGAAUUUUUCGUGUUUGCGAGGAGGAGCUGAACAUAUUUUUUGUAAACUCGUUUCUUCAGGCGAGGUGAAAGUGUUUGAUAUUGGAGCAGCUUCAGUGUGCAAUAUGUAAUCAAUCAUACCUGGUUAUUUAAGACCAAACAUGACACUUUCAAAUUAAAACUCAUGCUGGUUUGGUUUUCUGUUAUAAUCUUUGGAACAAAGAAAAACCUUUCUGUAUUUAUUUUAUUUUUCUCAGUGAUGAACAUUCUCGGUGUGACACCAGAACAUUCCAACCCAAAAACCAGGUGAAGCAUAGGUUCUGUUUUAGUGUUUUUGUAUCUUCGCCCUCUCGGUUAUGUUUAUUUGUUAUCAAACCGGGUCCCAGUUUCCACGUCUCAUCAGAACCUCAGAGACCCCUUCAUUUUAGAACAAAAUAAGACUCAGAUUGAACACACUUUUUCUCUCAUCGUGGAGACCCAUAUGCUAAAUUGUGACCCCCCAGCUGCUCAAUGUCGGACUUCAGCACCAAAGCUUCGUGGUUGUUUUCUGUUGGCGGGAACAAAUCCGUCCACUCUCGUAGUCCCAAGGAUGCUCCUGUUCAUUUUGACGCUCUUCAAUCAUCUCUGGUCCAGGUCAUGUGACGCGAUUUGGGGUCACUCCAUCACUGUUAGUGGAUUUUCCUGCAGUUCCUUCUGCUGCCACCACGUCGGCUGACUUGUUUGUCCACAGACAGUCUGGAGGUCAAGGAGCUCUGACAUGUCACCUAUAAGCUGCAGUGGGUGGGGCUCUGCAGAUAGGUAAGGGGUCAGUGAGAAUCUGGACCAAACCAGAAGAAGUGGAAUUCUGAUAAUCAGAUGCUAGGCGGGGAUUGGGGGGGGGCUGAUUUUAAGGUACGAAGUCUGACAUUACGACACUGGCGUUGCUCUGGUUCUAUGAGAAGUGCUGGACCAAUCAGAAAUCAGAACCCAGGCUUAGCUGAUUGUGAUGCAUUCAGGGCCAGUCUGACCGCUGUGUUCCAUGUAUUCCUAAAUUGACAAUUAAAAAAAAGAAGAAAACUUGAAUUUUGUUGGACCUCAGUCUGCCUGCAGGUAGACCAGCGUUUGCUGCUCCACAUCGCCCCCUGCUGAGCAUCAAUGAUCCAUAUUCCUUUGAUCUUCCUGAAUCCUUGAGAACCUCCAUGGUGUUCUGAAGGGUCUGCUGUUCUGAACAGGACAAGGUUUCAGGUGACAUGGUGCUGUUUGUGUUGCUGUACAUAAAUGUGUGAAGCUGCAGCAAAAGCAGUAUUGCAAUAUUUUUUUGGUUGCUUUUAGAUAAAAACUUGGUCUGCGUUUGUUGGCUUCGCUGUACAAAAGCCACUUUCCGUUGGUUUGCUGCAGAGAAACACCAACGUUUUCGGCUUGUAAACACAAAUAAAAACAAUUUGGAAAAACACA